UAAAAACACCACAGCUUCGUGACCGUCCAAUUUUCUCCGUAAACUCUUCUGGCAAGGGGAGGGAGAAAUAACCUGCGUAACCGAGCUCACGAAGUUCAGGAAACUCCCUCAAGAACAAAUGGCAAGAUGAGUACCUCAGCCGCUUCAGUGGUUGAUACUGAGCAUGCUCGGGGAAAUGGAGCAUGCUCACUAUUUCUAAGGUACGGACGUCGAACAAGGGACAUCGAUAGAUAGGGAGAAAACCAUGGAGGGUGGCAGGAAGCGGCGGAGACGAACGAGAAGUACUCCUUUCCCACUGCUGCUGAGUCUUGCCCUCUGGCUGCUCCUGCCGGUGGCCCAGGGUCGGAGCCUCCGCUUUGUUACCUUGUUAUAUCGUCACGGAGAUCGCUCCCCAGUGAAGGCUUACCCCCGAGAUCCCUAUCAGGAAAGUGCCUGGCCACAGGGAUUUGGACAACUUUCUCUGGAAGGAAUGCAGCAACAGUGGGAACUUGGUCGAGCCCUUCGAAGGCGUUAUGAUGGAUUCCUGAAUUCCUCAUACAAUAGACAAGAGAUCUACAUACGCAGCACAGAUUUUGAUCGGACCCUGAUGAGUGCUGAGGCCAAUCUGGCAGGACUUUACCCUCCAGAGGAUCAUCAGAUGUUCAGCCCCAAUAUUUCUUGGCAACCUAUCCCUGUCCACACAGUACCUGACUCCAUGGAGCGGCUCCUGAAGUUUCCAUUAUCACCCUGUCCCCGUUAUGAACAGCUGCAGAACGAGACCCGGCAGACAGCAGAGUAUGUGAAUAAGACCAUCCAAUAUAUGCAAUUCCUGGAGAUGGUGGCAAACAGGACGGGAAUACAGGACGUUUCCCUUGAGUCUGUCUGGAGUGUGUACGACACACUCUUCUGUGAGAAAACACAUGAAAUGCAGCUUCCAGAUUGGGUAACUCCCGAGGUGAUGAUUCAGCUGAAGCAGCUGAAAGAUUUCAGCUUUGCUUUCCUUUUUGGGAUCCACAGACGGGUUGAAAAAGCUCGUCUUCAGGGUGGGGUCCUUCUUUCUCAAAUAAGGAAAAACCUUACCCUAGCUGCAAAUGCCUCCACACCUCACCACUUUAAAAUGCUUAUGUACUCAGCACAUGACACCACCCUUGUGGCACUGCAGAUGGCUCUGGAUGUUUACAAUGGGAGACAAGCACCAUAUGCCUCAUGUCAUAUAUUUGAGCUAUACCAAGAGGAUGAUGGUAACUUUUCAGUGGAGAUGUUCUUUCGGAAUGAGAGUGGGAAAGAACCAUACCUACUGCAGUUGCCUGAUUGUGAACAGCACUGCCCCCUGCUGAAAUUCAUGCAAAUCACUGAGCCUGUUAUUUCAGAGGACUGGAAACACGAAUGUGAGAUAGCAAGCACUAUGAAAGACACAGAGCUUAUUGUGGUUCUGACUGUCUGUGGAUCCAUCCUCUUCCUGCUUACUGUCCUGCUCCUGACAGUACUCUUCCGUUCCAAGUCCCAUCCUCCUGGCUACCGGCACGUUUCCAGCAAAGAAGAGGAACAGUCUUGACAAUUACUCCAGCCCCUCCUGAGGCAGCAAGAGAGAGCAAUGCUGACCCCAGAGGCAAGAGGGGCUUCUUUCAGUGACUAAGUGUCUUGUUUGUCUGUCCUGACGGCUGCUUCUAAGCCAAAAGCCCCAGGCUUUAUGAAGGGGCAUUUGUGCCUAUCAGAUGCAGUCAAUUUGCCAAAUGGACAAUGCAAUCAAGUACUAGGAGUGAAAUGCCACCAUGAUUUUGAGUUGCCAUUGCCAAUAUGGGACUGGUUCCAUCAAUCUUACUUCCUUUGAACCCAAUAUGCUGAAGUCUUCACUACUGGUGCACAAUGGGCAAGCUUUCCAACUGAAGGCUGCUGCCCCUCAGAAAGCCUUGUUUCAAUCUAGUUGUUGUUACUUGAAUGUCCCUUAACUAUGGGGGCCUGACGCUAAACCAGCAGUAACUGGCUUCUCCAGUUGGGACAGUAACUGGGAAUCAAACCACUGCCUCUGCCGUAGAACAAUAUGUUACAAGUACUUUGCUCUUAACCAUUAGAUCCUUAUAGAGGGAGAAGGUUGGGACUGGACCCAAUCUAUAACAAAGAAGAAAUAGGUUUCAGUCAUAUGCAGCCCUUUCCAUUUAUCACUGACUACAGACAUUCAGUUAGAAUGGAAUACAGCACACUUCCUCCAUCUCUCCAUAAUUUUCAGCCUCAGCAUACUGUUAGAAAGCAGUGCUUGUGUUUAAAGUGGAGUGAACUAGAGGCUCUGCACAGAUGAUGCUUUUGCCAUGUAUCUUAGUCAAGGCCCGGCUAGAAUCAUUCUUUACAUACCCUGUAGUGCAUCAUUCACAAUAUUCUGGACCAGCAGAGGUUCAACAGAAAUCUGUUUUAAAAGUGAAGGUAAGCUUUUCAUUCUCAUGGUUUAAGAAAGAAGUUUAAAGGUGUGGGUAGUGUCCAGUACUCUUGUCAUCUUAAUCUUUAGAAUUAUGGUUAUGAGUUAGUCACCCCAGAGGGUCAUACAGCUGUAACCUUUAUGUGGCAAUCCUAACUCCAUGAUAUGUUUCCCUUAUACUUACGAAGUCCAGAAUGCCUGCAGCAGAAAUAUUUGUGUGUGACCGACCUCACAUUCCUAACCUUCACUUUAGUGUAUGUGCUGAAGUUAAGGUCAGGAUAUUGUAGGUGAACCAGACAGUCUUGGAUUUUGAAGCCAAGUGGUGUACAACCUAUCAGCAUGUAAAAUGCAGCUGCCUCAGAUUCCUAUCCAAACGUUCCCUCCUGGGUCUGCCUCCCUCCACUGAUGUUAGUGCUGCAAAACUUCCUCCAGCUGGAGGCUAUAUGUUGCCUUUUAGCCACACUUUCUCACUGGUCCUCAAAUGAUCCACUGUGAUUGUCUUCCUUCAAGCCGCAUGCUCUGUUUUUCAGGAGGCAAGAGGCUUUGUUUAGCUGCUGUUUUGCUAUACAAGGAGCAGCCUCUGAGGCAGUACCGAUGCAAGCAUAGCUAAAUACAUUGUACUAUCAAAAGGCCAUAUGUGCAGGAAAACACGUGAAAGCAGCUGUGUAUCAAGUGCAGCACAGGUAUUCCAAAGUAAGUAUGCAUAUAAGGCAGCUACAGUGCUAAAUUCCAGUUUUUGUGAGGGUAAAAUGCCACAUUUUAUAGAUAAUGGCAUACGUAUUUUUUGUAAUGCAUCGCCAUGCAGGAAAAGUGUUAACAUGUCCUUUGUUAUCAUACAUGCUAUAUCAGGCAUAUAAAGAUCACAAAAAGAAGUAUCUCUGCUACUGUAAAAACACAAAGGCAUUCGAACCAGUCAAACCUGUGCCUGAAUUUCUUGGGUACAAACAAGUAGACAAAAAGCCAGCUCACUCCUGAGUGUUCCAGUGUGAACAGAAGUGCUUCUAAGCAUACGCAGAGUGUGUUUCCCUUUGGAAAACUGAAGCUUAUCUGCUCUCUGUACUCACCAAGAAAUAGGCAUCCAGGCUUACAACACCAUGGCAUGAUUGCUAAAUAGGGCUGAGAUCCUCCAGCAUACCUUGCAAUGGAAGAACACAGUCCUUUUCUACAAAAAAACAAAAAUCUGAACACACUUUUGGUCCUCCCCGCCCACCGCUACCCAUUCACUUUCAGCAUAGCUCCUAAAAACAGGUGUUUUCACAUUUAUCUGUCCCAUCCGUAUAGGCAAAGGAGUCUCAUUCUUUGUCUUCAGCCACGGCUCAACCAGAAAUCUGUUUUCAGCACCAGGGCCAAGUCCAGGAAACAGUCUUUCCUUUCCUGCUUCAGGGAACGCUAUGCUGGUGUUUCUCCCCUCCUUCCUUAUUUCCCCAAAACAGCAACGGAGUUCUUAAAAAAAGACUUGAGAAGGACAAGCGGUGCUCAGUAAGAACUUCAGUUGUUUGCUGUUUUCCCUUGGAUGCAGCAAGAAGGGGCUCUUUAGCUGUGGGCUGGAAGGGAAAGCAGCUCUACUGAGAGCACGAAGUUAGGGAGCAAUCCAAACCCAAGAUCCAUUGGGAUGAGCAGAGUUUGGAAAAGGCUACGCUGGCUGAAGUCCCUCAUCCAGGCUCAGCUGGAGAUAUGCUGUAAUGAGUCCUCCAUCCUGGCUCAACCAGGGCCAGGGUAAAUCCCAAAACAGGGGCAGGGGAGGGCAAGACUUAUCCCUAUUCCAAACUCUGUUCAGCUUGGUCAUGUGACCUAGCAACCCAGGGGACAUUACAUUGCCAGUCUUGGGUCAAUUCAGCUCCUGAAAAGAGUUUGGAAUAAGGGUAGAUAACACUGGCAUAACUUACGCCAGCAUAAAUUACACUGGCUUCCUGUGGUUUGGGUUGCUGUACCCAUCACAUACUGGAAGAGCAGCAAUAAAGGAAAAUUUAGAAAUGGCAGACAUCUAUAGCCCUCUCCCUCCCCUAGUAAAGCAAAGGAAUGUGGGCAGCUGGCAGGCCUAAUCCAUCUCACAGAAAUAUGCGCUGCUCACGUUGAGGAUUCAGCACACGUUUAAUAAAAACAGUGUUCCUAUCUGUCACUACAUUAUCUACCUUCCUAAUCAUCACAGUAUUUGGUAAUGCUUCCAUUUGCACAGGCACUACAUAAGAACAUAAAGAAGCACCCUUCUGGAUGAGGCCAAAGGUCCAUCUAGUCCGGUGUCCUAUUCUUGCAGUGGCCAACCAGAUGUCUGUGGGAAGCUCACAAGCAGGACCUGAGUGCAACAGCACCCUCUCCCCUGGUGAUUCCCAGCAACUGGUAUUCAGAAGCAUAUUGCCUCUGACAAUGGAGAGAACAUAGACAUUUCUAAAUUAUUUCAGAGCCAUCCAUUCUGCAUUGCAGCUUCUCGCUUCUGCUGAGAGACUUGAACAGUUCUGGAUCCCCACCAGAUACCCUGCAUAUAUAUUCAUGCCUCCAAUAUACUUGGCAACAGACUACACAAUAUUGUUCUGCAAGAAAAUUAGCCAACUUAGCUUGCGACUGCCCUCGUCUAUAAUUUUUCCCUUGCUGAUCACCCAACUGCAUGAUGUGGCUCCUGCAAGGCAGGAUGCAGGCCCAGAAGAAUGGGUCAGCUACUAAUACACUAGUUUCCUGCAAGCUAGGUAGGAAAUCAAAGAGAUCUGCUUUGUAUGCAUGGAGGAAAAAAAGGUUUCUAUGAUUUAUUCCUUGCGUUUGUGAAUGAUGUUUCUGUAAUUCAUUUGGAUCAUUUUCUUUGAUUUUUAAUGGGGGGGGGAAGCUAAGGGAGACAGGACUCUUGCUCCUUCUUCCUCUGAACAGGUUUCAGAGUUCAACCACAAUGGUGGGGGGGGGGGAGAGAUGUACAUUGAUUGGACCAUACAUCUUUUUGCAUUAAAGCUAAUAAGGAUCCUAAGUGACUUGAAAAAGACAGGAGGUCCUCAAAGGACUUCAGUUGUUCACUGUUUUCCCUAGUAAAAAAUCAGCCUCUAAACCAAGAUUGUCUGUUGCACUUUGUGUGUUUUUUUUUGUGUUAUUCCACUUUGUGUGUUUUUUUACUAUAUGUAAAUACAUGUGUAUAUAUAGGAACAUGUUUACAGGACUACAGCCUGAGAGACUAGGGUUCAAAUCCCCACAUAGCCAUGAAGCUCACAGGGUGACCUUGGGCCAGUCACUGCCUCUCAGCCUCAUGAAAACCCUAUUCAGAGGGUCGCCAUAAGUCGGAAUCGACUUGAAGGCAGUACAUUUUUUUUUAUUCUUCACAUUUACGAAAUCCCCACAGACGUUUAUAACUGGUGAGCAGUUGUAUCAUCUUUAAAUUGCUUCUUUAAAAAGAGAGAGAGAAAUCCAGCUGAAAUGUAUGGAAGUAGAACCAAGGGAUGUGAGAAGAGGUGAGUCAAACAGGCAUUCAGCUGAGCCAUCAAAGCUGGGAACUCUCAUAUUUGCCAUUCCUACCAUGGCUAUUAUUCCUUGAGUCCUGGCCAAGUAACAACCUAUUUCACAAUGCCCAUAACCGUUUCUUUCUUCUUUCAUUCCAUAGUCCUUAGGGAGGGGAGGGGAGUCAAGCUUUGGAAAGCCUGGCUCUUGAAAGCAGAAUUAUGAAAGUUACUGAAACUUGCAUAAUUCAUUCUGUUCACAAAAUUUAUAUUCUUUUGGCAUAAAAUUUGCAAAGCUCUUUAUAUCUGGUCUUCGG